AUUCCUGGAGCAUGUCAUUGCGCGGGAAGGUGUCAGGAAGCUUCCCAACAAAAAUUCUCUCUCCAUCUCUCUCUCUCUCUCUACCCUCACACACUCCUUGUGAAGUGUCAAUAAAUUCCUAAAACCUUCCGAUUUGCUCCUUUUCGCCGCCACCACCGUUCGAUCUCCGCCAAUCACGAAGAAGAGAGCUGAAGAGGAUAAAGGAGAAGGAACAGGAGGAAUCAUGAGUAGCAGUUGUUCGUCUAAUGGAUUGUUGCCUUCUUCAGCAUCCCCCAGGGAACAGGAUGACUUGGAGGCGAGACCUACUAAGGAGUUUGAACAUGAUGAUCAUGAUUUGAUUGAUGAAUCUGAUCCUUUUGAUAUUGCUCAGACCAAGAACGCUCCUAUCGAGAUUCUUCGCCAAUGGAGGCAAGCAGCGUUUGUGUUGAAUGCUUGCCGGCGUUUUCGGUACACCUUGGACUUGAAAAGAGAAGACGAGAAAGAGAAAAGAAGAAGGAUGAUCAGAUCCCAUGCACAAGUCGUAAGGGCGGCAUUACUCUUUCGGUUGGCAGGGGAACAGCAAAUUGUGCUGGGUCCCUCAGCUACACCUCCAACUGCUACUGGUGAUUAUGCAAUUGAACUGGAGCAGCUUGCUUCAAUGACCAGGGAUCAUAAUUUUUCUUCUCUGCAACAAUAUGGCGGUGCCAAAGGGUUGUCAAAUAUGCUGAAAACCAAUCUUGUGACUGGUAUUACUGGAGAUGAGAAUGAUCUGAUAAAGCGUAGGAAUGCAUUUGGAACAAAUAGAUAUCCUCAGAAAAAAGGACGCAGUUUUUUGAGAUUCCUGUGGGAAGCUUGGCAAGAUUUAACCCUCAUCAUUUUGAUUGUAGCUGCCAUUGCAUCAUUGGGACUGGGAAUCAAGACAGAGGGUUUGUCACAUGGAUGGUAUGAUGGGGCUAGCAUCUCUUUUGCUGUUAUUCUUGUCAUAAUUGUUACAGCUGUUAGCGAUUACCGUCAAUCUCUGCAGUUUCAAAAUUUAAAUCAGGAAAAGCAGAACAUACAGUUAGAGGUUAUGAGGGGUGGAAGAACGAUGAAAAUGUCAAUAUUUGAUAUUGUUGUUGGUGAUGUUGUACCUCUUAAAAUAGGUGAUCAGGUUCCAGCUGAUGGACUCUUGAUUACCGGCCAUUCUCUUGCCAUAGAUGAAUCUAGCAUGACUGGUGAAAGCAAGAUUGUUCACAAGAAUCAGAAGGCUCCCUUUUUGAUGUCUGGUUGUAAAGUAGCAGAUGGUUUCGGCACUAUGCUGGUAACUGGUGUUGGGAUCAAUACUGAAUGGGGGUUGUUGAUGGCAAGCGUCUCAGAGGAUACUGGUGAAGAGACUCCCUUGCAGGUACGAUUGAAUGGACUUGCAACUUUUAUUGGCAUUGUUGGGCUUGCUGUAGCUCUUUCUGUGCUUGCUGUCCUUUUGGGCCGAUACUUUACUGGAAAUACAAAAAAUCCAGAUGGAAGUGUCCAGUUUAUCAAAGGAGAGACAAAGGUCAGCAAAGCAAUAGACGGAGUGAUAAAGAUCCUUACCGUUGCAGUUACAAUUGUGGUUGUUGCUGUUCCCGAGGGACUUCCAUUGGCUGUUACCUUGACUCUGGCAUAUUCAAUGCGGAAAAUGAUGGCAGAUAAAGCCUUGGUUCGUAGGCUUUCAGCAUGUGAAACUAUGGGCUCUUCAACAACAAUUUGCAGUGAUAAGACUGGAACAUUGACAUUAAAUCAGAUGACUGUAGUUGAGGCUUACAUUGGGAAACAGAAGAUAAACCCUCCAGAUAACCCCUUAAAAUUGCACUCAGAAGUUAGCUCUUUGUUGUGUGAGGGUAUUGCACAGAACACCACCGGCAAUGUGUUUGUUCCCAAGGAUGGUGGAGAUGUAGAGAUUUCUGGAUCUCCAACUGAAAAAGCUAUCCUCUCUUGGGCAGUCAAGUUGGGGAUGAAGUUUGAUGCUCUUAGAUCAGAGUCCAAAAUCCUGCAUGUUUUCCCUUUCAAUUCUGAGAAAAAGCAAGGUGGUGUUGCUGUACAAACGACUGAUUCUAAAGUUCACAUACAUUGGAAAGGAGCAGCUGAGAUGGUUCUUGCCUCUUGUACCAGAUAUCUUGAUUCAAAUGGUUCACUGCAAUCCAUUGAUAAAGAUAUGGAUUUUUUCAAGGCCUCUAUUGAUGACAUGGCUGCCUGCAGCUUGCGCUGUGUUGCUAUUGCAUAUAGACCAUAUGAUUUGGACAAAGUUCCUACUGAUGUAGAGAGCUUGGACAAAUGGGUUUUGCCUGAAGAUGAACUUGUUUUGCUUGCUAUUGUCGGCAUUAAGGAUCCUUGCCGCCCAGGUGUAAAAGAUGCAGUUAGAGUAUGCACAGCAGCUGGUGUAAAGGUACGAAUGGUUACUGGAGACAAUAUUCAGACAGCAAAAGCAAUAGCUUUGGAGUGUGGGAUUCUCAGUUCUGGUGCUGAUGCUACAGAGCCUAAUAUCAUUGAAGGAAAAGUAUUCCGUGCAUAUUCAGAAAAAGAAAGAGAAAUAAUUGCCAAGAAAAUAACGGUGAUGGGGAGGUCAUCUCCCAAUGACAAGCUUUUACUUGUGCAAGCCCUUCGUAAGGGAGGGGAAGUUGUAGCUGUGACCGGAGAUGGCACAAAUGAUGCUCCCGCACUUCAUGAGGCUGAUAUAGGCCUUUCUAUGGGCAUUCAAGGGACUGAAGUUGCAAAAGAGAGCUCGGAUAUUGUUAUCUUGGAUGAUAAUUUUGCUUCAGUUGUAAAGGUUGUUCGUUGGGGGCGUUCUGUGUAUGCCAACAUUCAGAAAUUUAUCCAAUUCCAGCUUACUGUUAAUGUUGGAGCUUUAGUGAUCAAUGUUGUUGCUGCGGUCUCUUCUGGUGAUGUUCCUCUAAAUACAGUGCAGCUUCUAUGGGUCAAUCUUAUCAUGGACACUCUCGGGGCACUUGCAUUGGCUACAGAACCACCAACAGAUCACCUUAUGCAUAGGACACCAGUUGGUCGAAGGGAACCUCUCAUAACAAACAUCAUGUGGAGGAACUUGCUCGUACAGGCUCUAUAUCAAGUUGCUGUUCUCCUUGUGCUCAACUUCCGGGGCUUGAGCAUUCUCAAUUUGAAUCAGGACGACAGGAAACAUGCUACAAUUGUGAAGAAUACAAUGAUAUUCAAUGCAUUUGUUCUCUGUCAAGUUUUCAAUGAGUUCAAUGCUCGAAAGCCAGAUCAAAUAAAUGUCUUUAAAGGAGUAACAAAAAACCGCUUGUUUAUGGGAAUAGUUGGAUUCACCGUCAUCCUUCAGAUAAUCCUCAUUGAAUUCACUGGAGACUUUACCACAACUGUGAGACUUAAUUGGAAACAAUGGCUUAUAUGCGUUGCCAUUGGCAUUGUCAGCUGGCCUCUUGCUGCGGUUGGAAAACUCCUUCCAGUACCAAAGACUCCACUAUCCAAGCACUUUAGAAAGCCAUUUCGACGAUCAAGAACUGCUCGGAAUGCAUAGAUGUCUUAAUGAAGGCAUGCAUUAAACUGAUAACCUGACACAGGGCACUGAUGCUUCUUGUUCACAACUGAAUGUAUAUCUCUAACCUCACCAUCAAUAUGGUAAGAAGAUUCUUCAAUAGUGUGUUAAACAACUGUAAACAAUUAAGUCGUGUUAUAUCCUCUCCGAUUACUUAAAUUGUAAAUUAAGAUACAAACAAGUAGAUUUGCCCUUUUCAUUUUGAAACUUCUUGUACUAGAUAGAUGUGUCAUUUCAUUGCGCUUAAAGUGUAAUUUUAUUGUGAUUAAAGAGGAACUAGUGAUAUUUUAUCGGUUCCUUUAUGUAAUUCAUUCUGAAAAAAGAAUGGAAAGAUAUUUUUAUGUGUCA